UCAAUUAUUUCUAUUCUAAUUUUAAUUUAUUUAUUUAUGUUUUUAUUUCUUAUGAUCAUAUUGCAAUUUGUCUAUCUUAAGAGGAAGUAUUAACGGAAAUUAAGUUUGCGGGUUGUGCUACAAUCUGUAAAUUUAAAUUCAAAAUUAUAGUAUAUACUCAUGAAAAUUUGUGUGUGUAGAUAUAUGAUUAUCUUUUUUCUAAUUUAGUUUUAUAACAAACAAUGGCCAGUGCUGCAGUUGCAUCAGCUAUUUCUCAAUCUUCUCCAGUCACAAAAAUAAACCACCGGAUGAGAUUGUGUUUGGGUUCAGAAUGCUAUCAUAAGAAAGGUGUUCGAAAUAUUCUUCAUAAUACAUUUAAUAAUCCUUUUUAUCAUGGACUACCAGAAGAUCCUGUUGGUUUAUUUCGAGAACUAAAAAGGUUUCAACCACAGUUGACUAAAUUGAAAACCAAAAAUCGCAUCACAUCAGCACAGUGGAAUUUAUUAUACCCAGCCACAAAACGAACUGAUUCAAAAGAAUUUGAAAUUCCUUUAAUGGUGAUUCUGUUAAAACAUUGCACAGAUUUACUUGCUCCUGUUUUUGGAUUGGAUGAUAGUAACCCACCUUUGUCUGUUCAAGGAUUAAGUGCCAAUUCACUAAGAGCUCGUUGCAUGCGACACUUCUUGUAUCACUAUGGAAAUCCUAUGUUGAUGGAUAAUAAUUAAUUCUAAACAAAAUGGACUGAACUAGGUUGGGUUGCAGAAGUGGAAAUAUGCUUGAUUUGAAAACUGAACCAUUAGAUCCACACAAGCUAACUUAUUCAAAUUUGCGACAUCAUACUUAGAAGAGGGACAAAAGAAUUUAUUAGAAUUGCAUGAAAGUAUUGCAUCUGAUGUUAAAAUUUUAUUGGAUCGUGUGUUGACACUAGAAAAAUAUGUGGAUAACUUUACUGAUAUCAAUACCGCUAUCACGGAAAUAAUAUGCCAAUAUACAAACCUCUAUAAUCAGGUGGAAGAGAACAUGGAAAUGAUAGAAAAACAUGAUAUUGAUAUUAAACAUUUGACAACAAAAAUAAAAGACCUAAAGCCACAGGAAGAUUUGUUGUCAAAAGAUAUGCAAUGGAAUCUUUGUGAAAAUGUAUCAAACUUUUUGGCCCCGUUGUCGUAUUAGACAAAAUUCAUCAAUAUUUUCAAAAGCAGAUCUGCUAAGAAAGAUUUUAUGGCUGUAGCAUUGUCAGGAUUGGGUGGUAUAGGAAAAACAGAAGUGGUGGCAAAAUAUAUUAGCAUGUGUAAGAAGGAAUAUGAAAAUGUGAUUUGGCUUGAAUGCGAUGAUUUGAAAACAUCAUUGAUAAGAUUAGCAUCAUACUUGGAUAUAAAAACACAUGUGCCUGAGGUUGAUGUAUUAACUCAACUUAUUUUUUACAAGUUAGAGAUUAUAAAUGUAUGUUUGUACAUGUAGUUGAUAAUAAGUCAAUUAGAGAUUUCAUGAAGAACUUAAAGAAUAUGAAGAACAUACCCUGCGUGAUAAUCACAAGUCUAUAUAGUGAAUGGGAUGGUGUGCACAUAAAACAUAUCCCAAUGAAUGUGUUAGAACCUGAUAAAGCUGUUGCUUUUCUCUCUGACUGCUUGCCAACAUGUAAUCCUGAUAAGUUGGAAUGUUAGUGCAUGAAUUGCAAUAAUUACCACUAGUUUUGCAACAAGCAAGACGUUACAUUCUGAAGCACUCAAUGCGCAUACCAGAUUAUAUCCAAUAUUUAAAAGAAAAUCGAAGAGAAUUGUUAAUGGUUCGUCUAGAUAAAGCAGAAAUUGAAUAUGAUAAAACAUUAUUGUCUGUUUGGAAUAUGGCAUUUAAAAAUCUAAAAGAACAUGAUAACCUGCUUGCUAUUGAUAUUUUAAAUAUGAUGGCAUUAAUGGAUGGUAGUUUUAUCAACACCAAAACCUUUUUGUAUUUAGAUGGUAUUGAUGAACCUAUGUUAAAUGCAGCAGUAGAAGUAUUAUGUGAAUACUCGUUGAUACAAAUAAAUACUUCUAAAAUUGUCACCAUUCAUAGAUUAGUGCAGAAGAUCACUAAAUUAUAUGAAGAAGAAAAAUCCAAUUUAUCUUCUAAGUCAAUUGGCAUAUACUUUAAAGUUAUCAAAAUUAUUAUGUCGCAUAGCUGAGGCACAGGUCCUGAUAGGUAAUGAUCUUCAAAAUCUUUGGUUCGGGCACAUAAAAAAAACUUAUUCUUGAAUUAUUUGAACCUAUUUUUUACAAGAAUUUUACUGCUUUAUCAACCUGUAAAACUCUUGCUAGUUAUGUGUGCCUUGGAGCUUUUGGGUGUUCUCAGACGAGUUCAAAAAGUUAUUUAAAUACGCAUUUUCUUUUGAUUUCCUUUAAUGGGAAUAGAUGAUUUAAAAUCGUUACAGUUUAUAAAUAAAUUUUCCACUGUUUAUUCAAAUGAACUUGCUGAAAUCAGAGUAGAGCAAAUAUGUUGGCAUUAUAUGCAUGUAGAGAUUUUAAUCAACAAAAUUGUAGAAGCUAUUACAUUAUUUGAUUCUUUACCAGAUGUUAAGUUUCCAUCAAUAUCAUUGAGUAAUGCCUGUUAUAAAACAGCUAUUCUUUGUCAAUAGGGGAGAAGAGGCUCCUCUUCUAAACAAACAGUGUUUCGAAUACAUAUAUUCAAAAUAUAGUGUAGAUGACGCUGAUUUAUUUUUUAUGUGUAUUGUUGGCAGAACAUUUGUUGAUUUAGAUGAUGUUGAACAUGCUCAUUUGUGUGUAGAACAUAUGGAAAGUGGUUACAGAAGUUGGGAUUUAAAGAUGGGAAUUUGCUUUUAUGCUACUUUCAUUACAUUAAAGCAACACUUGUCCUCUAUGGAAAUUUGCUUUUACACUGCUUUCAUAACAUCAAAGCAAAACUUGCAAAUCUUGAAAGCAGAAAAUUAUCCAAGAAGUUUUAUAGAUAAAUGUCUUGAAGAAAUCCAUAAAUGCAAAUACAAAAUAGUAAAAAACUUCACGUACUCAAGAAAUUGGUGACAAAGAUGAGAAAACGACUGCUUUGUGAAUAUGUCAAGAUUAAAACUGAAUUAGAAGGAUUUUAUGUUAAAGUACCAUUUGUUUAUGGUUAUUAGUCAUUUUAUAACUUAUACUGCAGGACGUCACACAUUUUUCUUAAUGUUGAUAUAUAGUUCUGUAUAAAGAACAAUCCUAAUUAAAAUCCCACACAGAAAAUAUGUUGUAAUACGCUUAUUUUUUUUAUAAAUUAUAUACUAUGUUUCUCUUUCUGAAAAUUAAAUCAUGACCCUGGGAACAGCAUAUGCUCAAUUUCUCUUGAAUUUUUAGCCUUCUUGUUUUACCAGUGUUACGCUUAUUAAAAUUUGACAUAUAAAUAAUUUAAUUAUGGUUUUUUUAUAUAAUAUGUAAAUAGUAAAAAUGUUAAAUAAGACUUUAUUUUUGAUCUUAUUGUUUAUAUUUUUUUAUUUCUAAUUCUAAUAAUCUACUAAUGUAGUAUGUACUAAAGAAUUGCUCAAGAAAAAGAAAAUAAACCAAUCAGAUUAAUAAGAAAUCGUUGUUCAGUGAUUUUUCUAUUUUGCUACUCAAUUAAAAUCUGA